AAAACAACCCACAUAAAAAAAUGGGGGAGAUUGCGGCCUUCUCGACAAUUGAGCUCAGUCCAGGCUGCCCUGUUGAAGGCUUGGAACACACCCAACUGGCACCCACGGCACCCUGGUCCAACGCGUCGGAAAAAGCAUUGUCUCCAGGGAUUAAGCAGACGACGGUGGUAGGACACAACAGGGCCAAUCAGCACGGUGGCGAUCAGACUUUGAUCUGGGAAUCUCCAACUUCCCGCCUAUUCCAGGUGCUGGGCCUUGCUGAGUGCUGAGUGGUUCGCUCUUGGCUGAGGUGCCAGUGGGUGCUUUACUAGGUACGCUCCAUUCUGCUGCUGGCCUGGUGCUGCUGCCAUCCUGCCAUUCUGCCAUCCAUCCAUCCAUCCAUUGUUUCCCGUUCCUUGGUGAGGACCGUCUCCUUUCACCAAACACACGCUCACGCUCACGCUCACGCUCGCGCUUUCACCCAUCGCCAACCCGCGCGCAACUUCCCACCGGCACGCCCAUCUCCAUCCCAUAAAACCCCCUAGCCUAAUCUUGGAACCUUAUCCAAUCCCGCGAGCCGUGGUGGUCGUUUGAUUCGUUUCUCUCUCGUGUGUCACUUUUUGACCCGCCUCUACACUCACCUCCAGCUGCCACUGGCUCAGUGUUCAGUCACUUUGCUCUGCGCUGCAGUCUGCACUUUCUUUGCGAAGAACAUUACUCUAUUCUGUCGCAUCAUUGUCGACAUCCUGAUUCAAUCACCACGCGCUUUUGCUGCCCUCUCGAUCGAAUUCCCGGGCCACCCAGCAACCAGGAUGGUGCACAGCGGCUCUUGUUUUUCGAAUUAAAUGACAUGGAUGCGCAGAAUGCUGUCGAGCCCGCCUCCACGAAGCCUGCUGCUUCUCCCAAGCGCCUGGCAACAGGAACCGACGCCGACCAACCCAGGUCCUCCGCCGUGACCAAGUUGUCCCAGAUCGCCAAACCCGAGCUGUCCGUCAAGGACAACAGGGACCACCACAGCAGCAGCAGUAGGCCGAGUGCGACCGGCUCGCAAACACACUCCCAACACCAACACACCUCACAUACUUAUUCCCACUCUCACUUGCACGAUGACGAUGCCGGCGAUGGGAACUCUGAUGCCGAAACCAUUGUCCUGCCCGGCAAAGAUGGCCAACACUCACCGUCCAAGGUACGCAAGAUCAUCAAACACGAGGACAAGAGCGAUGGGGAAGAGGCUCCACUCCCAGCCGCACCCUCGCUCAAUCGCAAGCCCUCCACCCUGAAACAUGACCGAGAAGGUGAGAGCAACAGCAACAGCAACAGAGCAGACCGGGCAGACAGAGCAGACAGAAAAGACCGGGGCGACAAGGCCGACCGUGCCGAAAAGCCAAGCAGGUCGGCAUCCGCUGUCCGCAAUGGUCCCAGCGGACCCAGCGAUAGCGCCGCCGCGCUGGCCGGCAGGAAGAAGAAGCAUCCCGGUGAUAGGGCCAAAUUGAAAGACGGGUCCAGCGGUUUGAGCUCCGCGCCUGCGUCUCCACCUCAGCAGCGUCGUCGUCGGUCUUCGAAUGCACACUCCAAGUCGGAUUCAGAAACUGCACCUGUGGAUUCUCCCAAAAUUUCAUCAAGAGAAAAGCUGCCAAAAUCUGCUGCCGAUAAGCUGGUGCCUCACAAGAGAAAGGCCCCCAAGCCCGAGUCUGACGACGAAAGAGAAAGCCGCAAGGUUCGUCGACAACGAAUUUCAGGCUCUGGCCUUGACGCGUCUCGCAAACCACACCUUCCCUCGGCCAAAACAAGCCAUCACGAGGUCCACACCUCGACUCGCACUCGAUCUCCAUCACCGCACUCCCGAGCUUCUCACCGCCGUAGCAUCUCAACCCAUCUUCCCGCCUCAUCGUCCAACGGCCUCGGCCAAAAGAAAAAGCGGGUUCCCGCGCCGCUCCAGUCGACCGACUAUCACUCCGACGAGUCGUCUGUGAGCGGCAGCCCGCACCCUCGCAGCUCCAAGCUGCGCAGUCUAACCACCCCGGCGACGGCGGAAUCGACCAUCUCUCCCGCCAAGAUGGCCCCCCACAAAAAGCACCUCGACGCCCACGGUCAAACCCACCUGGCCAGGGCCUGUGCCAAGGGUGAGUAUGAGAAUGCAAAGGCCCGUCUCGCUGCCCGACCCGAAGAUAUCAAUGUUGCCGAUUAUGCUGGGAACACGCCACUUCAAAUUGCAGCACUGAAUGGGUACGACGACAUUGUGAAACUUUUGGUAGAUGCCGGCUGCAAUCUGGAAUGUUUCAACAACGAAAAGGACACCCCACUUCUCGAUGCGGUCGAAAACGGACAUCUCGAAGUCGUCAACAUUCUGCUUGCGGCAGGCGUCAAUCCCCGAAAGGCUAACGCUUAUGGAGAGGAGCCUAUCGCCAGGAUCAACGAAGAUUCAGAACAUGCCGAUGAGAUCAGAAAGGCUUUGCAGGAAGCAAAGAAGAAUAUGGGCGAUCGUCGACUCACCUCGGAGGAUCAUCAUUUGGACCAUCCCGAUACCUUGUCGUCGCAUGGGAAUGAAAGUCCCCGACGAUCGCCUGGUGCCUCCAGCUCCAUCCACGCCAUCGGAGGGCGAAGGGCAGGUACCGUCAGGGCGAACAAGACCAGCAAUCACUUACUUUACAUGCCGAUGGACGACAAGACUCUCCGAUUGGCAGCCGCCCGUGGUGACGAGGAAACGGUUACGCGCAUCCUCCAGGUUCGGGAGGCUUUCGACGAUCCAGAGUCCAUGGUUGCGGCGGCACGCGGCGGUCAUGAAAUGGUUAUGCAGCUGUUGCUGGCUCUCGGCAAAGCGAAUCCCGACCCUCCACCCAUUCCAUCUGCGGAAAAUAGCGAGUAUGCCACACCAAUGCUGGCGGCGAUUGGGCAAGAGAACCUUAAUGUGAUUCGACUCCUGCUCGCCCAAAAUGACUUUGAUCCCACGAAACGGUACAAAGGGGAGACAUACUAUGAGAUUGCUCGGCGAAGGAAGGGUCCGAACUGGGGAGAUGAGGAACACAUUCUGAAGAACGCCUAUGAUGAGUACAAAAAGUCGCACAAGGAUGGCUCCAAGACUCGAUCCCCAAACAGACGAGAGCAGGAGAGGGAGGCUCGGCGAAAUAGGGCUGAAGUCAAAGACGAAACGGUUGCGCGGUCGUCCCACAAGCGAAAAGCCUCCAGCCCUACACGGGAGCCCAAGAAAUCCACCACGUCCAAGCUUGCUGCCAGCCCACGAGAAAAACCUCGAUCAGGUUCUUUUCCCGCCCACCCCGACGACCAAACUUCGCCUAAACGUGGUCCCGGCAGACCCAAGAAGGAUGACCGGAUACCCACCAUCGCCAUAUCAGAUCGCGAAGCCUCCCCUGCAGGAAGAGCUCCGAAAGUCAAGCGUGUGGAGUCUGAUAUGGCUGUUUCUGCGUCAGAGGGUGAAGCUGUUAAGCCAAGACGGAAGUUGAUGACCGCUAAGGAGUACCACAAGGACAAGCAGCAGCAGCAGCAGCAACAACAACAACAACAACAACAACAACAACAACGUCGGCAGAGCAUAACUUCUAAUGCGUCGUCGAUGAAUAUUCCGUCUAGUCCUAGGGAUGAGCCUGAGAAGUUGGCGAAGACGGAGAAAUACCAUGAUCGGACAAAGGCUCUUAAGAGGGACGAGUCUCGUGAUCGGCUCUCUGUCUCAGGUGAGAGUACUGGUAAGCGGUACAGAUCAAGUGCCACCCCGCCGCAUCCUAGCAUUAUGGAGAAGGACGCCGGUGAAGCGCCUGCUAAGAGAAGGCGCUUGGAUGUUCCAGAAGGCAAGGAGAAACGGCCCAAGCCAAGCCCCUCUGACGAUAGGCUUUUGAAGGCGCCUGCGCCACGCGAAACGGUAUCUGCAUCAGGAUCUGUGGCGGGCUCUCGUAUGAGCUCCAAGACCCGGGAUGACGACGACAGAAAACCCACCCCCAAACCCAAAAAGGUGGAGGAACACGCUAGGAGAGAAUCUGGGAAAUCCAACUCUUCCGAUAACAGUAUACAUGUCAAGUCCGAAGAUCCAGACGUGGAGAUGCCGGAUGCUGAUGCGCCCGCAAAGGAACCUUCUCAACAGCGGAGGAGGGAGGAGGAGGAGAAGAAGAAGAAACUAGGCGAAGCUGAAAUUGCAGCCCGUGAAGCCAGAAAGAAGGAGGAAGAUAAGAGGCGGAAAGAGGAAGAAGAAAAGGAGAAGGAGAAGGAAAGAGAACGGGAAAAGGAACGAUCUCGCCUUGCAGAGGAGGCCAAGCGUCGUGCCGAGACAGAAGCCCAACAACGAGCCCAGGAAGAGCAACGACGAAAAGAAGCCGAAGAAAAGCAACGAAGAGAAGACGAGGAACGCAGAAAACGCGAGGAAGAGGAACGUAAGCAACGAGAACAGGAGGAGCGACGUCGGCAUGAAGAGGAAGAGCGCAAGCGACGAGAAGAAGAGAAGAAGGCCGAAGAGGAGAGAAGGCGCAAAGAGGAAGAGGAGCGGAGGAAGCGGGAGGAGGACGAGCGGUUGCGGAGGGAGCAGGUUGAGCGUGAAGCUGCUGAAGAAGCCCGACGGCAGCGUGAGGAAGAGGAGCGCAAGGAGCAUGAACGCAAGGAGCGCGUGCUUCGUGAAGAGGAGCGCAGGCGUGCCGAGCGUGCAGCCAGAGAGGCCGAACAGCGGCGGUUGCGUGCUGAGCAAGAACGUGCUCGUCUAGCCAAACUCCCUCCACUUUUGCGCUGGCUCGAAAGCGCCGUCAACCCCAAGUUGCCAGAGGUUGCCGAGAAAUUCAGUACCAUGCAGGGUGUUCGCUACGAUUGCAUCCGCCCCGAGGCCAACGGCACUUUGGACGGCAGAGAGCAAUGGCUUCUCAACACCCAAGUGGCCCUUCUUCUGGGAGAGAAGGAUUUGGAGCUCUCGCGAUAUACUGCAUGGACACGGAUCCCUGUCUCGCAAACCGCGAAGCGCAUCAUCUGGCGCCUGGAGUCGGACCGUUAUGCGCUGACUACACCCAGUCUCUAUGAGCUCGGCAGGCAGCUCCCCGAUUACUACGAAGGGCACGACCCUGAGCAGGUGGGCUACCUCACUCUAGAGCGGCUCCGGAAUGAGGCUUGGGAGAAGUUUUCGGCCAUGGAUAUGUUCUUCGUCAAGGCAUCUGAUUUCAUGUUCAUCAUCCCGACCAUCUACCAUCUUCGCAAUGUGAAACUCUCGAUGGCAUAUCUGGAACUACCAGACCCGGACGCUGAGCCGGUCAAUUGGGUGGUUCAUCAAAAGUGGAGAAGUGACCCUCAAGCACACAUCUUGGGAGGGUUUGCGCCCACAAGCAAGCAUUACAUGAAUGGCGAGCUCCUCCACGAGGACAAACCGAUCUUGAGGGAGGCAAGCACUUCGCCAGUUCCUUUCCGUUGCCGGCGGAUUCCUCGGCACGGCCUUACGGCCAUAGCCCGGGAUGACCCAGCAUAUAACCAGUUCUUCAAGGACAACGGCGGAGACGGGUCUGUGGAGAAUGCAGAGUCGCCCCUCCUUCCCAACGGCGUACACUCGUCACCCACGAGCACGUCGUCCCGCUUGAUGGCUCAAUCAAUCGAUGGUGCCAUGUCACCAACAAUGGCCAUGGCGACAGCCCCCAAUGGUGCUGCCAACCAGCCAAUUUCGCCAUCCUCAGAAUCGGGGCCAGCACAGGCCCGCCCACUGGUCAACGGCAUCCACGGGCUGGUCAAUGGUGACACAGUAUAG